UCACAAUUAGCACUUGCCGCGAUAACGUAGAUAACGUUGUGAUAGUGCGCGCGUUUCACCUGUUACGAGAUGAUUUUAUUCUAAAUUUAAAUCUUCUAUAGAGUUAGUAGUAAGUUGUUAUUUGUUUAAACAUCAGUACUCAGACAUACCAAAGAAAUAAGUAAAAUGGAAAAGACAAUCGACAUAAUAGAAGAAGAAGACGAAUCAGAAUAUGACGAAUACCACCAAAUAAACAAACUUUACGACGAAUGCUUGAAAUAUUUGCAAGAAAAAGGUACACAAGACAUAGAAACAGAAGAAGAAAAAGGUCCCGAAGAUAUAGAAAAGGAUCCCGAUUACGAAACGAUAAGCGAGAAAAAAGAAACCAAUAAUGAAAUCAUAAAUCCCGUAACUAAAUUCUUAGUAGAGAACGAGUUAAAAUCAACAGAGAGUCUUAGUUCAGGGCCUUCGGAGUCUAGAUCUGAGAGACUGAGAAAGCUGUCACAGCAGCUUCCGAAGAUUAUCAUCACGAAUAGCAGUUGCAUGAGUCUGAACCAAGUCGACGGACAGGCUUUACCGAUUCUGCCGAAGAAUGUUAAGAAAAGAACGUCUAAUGCUAACAACCGAAGAAGCCCACUAACUCUUCGUAACAGGCUGGCAUACGGGGACUUUCCGAAGCGUCUUGUAUCGAAGAAUGGACUGGAGAACGUAGCUUUGAUAUCCAACGUGCCUUUCGAGAAGAUACGGCUCCUUAACGAUACUUUUCAUACUUUGAUAAACCUCCGUUGGCGCUGGAUUGUAAUCGGCACCAUCGUGGUCCAUUUCACCAUCUGGCUGGUGUUCGCAGUCUUCUGGUACAUAACUGCGCUUGCGCACUACGACUUCGAGCCGGAUCCUCCAAAACGCACCUGCGUUACCGGCGGAAAGGACUUCGUCACCAUCUUCUUGGCUUCCGUGGAGGCGCAGACAACUAUCGGCUUCGGAGAUCGUGCCAUUGACGAGGAGUGUCCAGAAUCGAUAUUCCUUUUCAUAAUGCAGUUAAUCCUAGGUACUGGCCUAUCUGGAGUCCUAACAUGCGUGGUGUACGCGAAACUGACCCGUCCAGAGAAAUUGUCAAGGGACGGCGUUGGAUUUAGCAAGAAAGCUGUGAUAAGCAUGAGGGACGGCCGGCUGUGUCUCAUGAUGAGGGCCUGGGACCUCAACUAUGAUCACAUCAUCAGCUCCGAAUUCGCCGCACAUUUCGUCAGCACACGCAAGACUAAAGAAGGCGAGGUUCUCCGAUACUACGCGCAGACCCUGCCGCUGCAGCAGAGGCAGUUCCUCCUCUGGCCUGUGACCCUGGUACAUGUGAUCGACCACGCGAGCCCUUUGUACAAAUACACGCCAGAAACUAUCAGUAAUGGGAGCUAUGAAAUCACAGUCAGCUUAAAAGGCGCCUCUGCAUCGAUGGGAACGUUCACACAAAGCCAAACGUCGUACCUGCCCAAAGAAGUUAUAUGGGGACAUCGUUUUCUACCAGUCGUCAAGUACGAUGGAAGAAAACAGCAGUAUGUGAUAGACCAUAAGAAUCUUGACACCACAGACCCAGUAGAUACACCGCACUGCAGCGCCAAGGAGUUAUACCGAACUACGAAAGUUGACAACGACCAUCCCGUUUGCCCCGGAACACCGAGCAGUUUCAGCGAGAAGAUAUCAGCAUUCCAAUUGGAAAGGUCCUCAUCUUUCAGAAAAAAGAAAUCAUGAUAGAACAGUGCAAUAGUUUUAGAUAAUUUAACGAGCAUCAAACAAUAUAGAUAUGUAAUACUUUGAAUUAUUAAAUAUUAUGAGUUUUAUCUGU